AUGAGCGAGCGCAGCUGCGUCGAGGUAAAUCCGAAGCAUCCGGUGCCGCUGCCGCCCAAGCUGAAGCCCAUGGAUCACUGGGACCUCAUCGUCGCCUUUGACACCCAUAAGUUCCGGAAGGAAUACGAGGCCUACGUGAAGGCUCACGCGUCUUACGUUCCACCCGCCUAG